AUGUCGUACGAGUCAUCCGCCACAGAGGUCGCUGAGGACUAUCGUCAAGCUCUCGAAGACUUGACUACCAAUGUGCGAUUCGAAAUUAGCAAUCUGACGAUGAUUGCAAGAGAGCAGACUGAGCAUGCCCAAGUCAUCUCUGAAGUCUUGCAGGACCAUAUCUUGAAGGCGCCAGCGCACAAGAAGCUCCCAGCCCUCUACGUCCUCGAUUCGAUCGUUAAGAAUGUCGGCACUCCGUACACAUUGUUCUUCGGAGCAAAGCUAUACCAGACAUUCAUGGAAGCAUACGCGGCUGUCGAUGGUCAGGUUCGCCGCAAAAUGGAUGAAAUGCUCCGCACCUGGAAGGAGCCUGUUCCUGGAUCUCUGGACAAGCGUCCAGUCUUUGCGUCAGAAGUGACGGCACCUAUUGAGAGCGCCCUCAUCAAGGCUCGCACAUCCGCGCUUCAGGCUCAGCAAGGAAGACCAGCGGGUCGCGGCCGACCUGCUGCUGCACCGUACCGCGAAACACCAACGCCGCCGGGCAUGCGACCUGGCUCGAACCAGCCGAUGCCUUACGGUCAACCUCCGCCCAUGCCACAAGCGAAUGGAAACCGACCUCCGAGUGCGCCUCUCCCACCCCACCCGCAGAUGGCUCCUUAUGCUCCUCCUCCGCCGUCCUACAGUGCUCAGCCUUCGGCAGCUCCUGGUCCCUACCAACCCCCUCCGCAGAUGCCAUACGGAGCCGGACUUUCAGGACCUCCUCAGGCUGCUGGGAUAAACAAAGACUCUUUGGGUCAAGAUAUCCAGAAGUUGAUCGAUGCGUCGAAGUUGGAGUUUGCGCAGAACCCCCAUGAUCAUAGUAUUCAACAAAGACUCAAGGCGUUGUUGGAUGUGCAGAGCUUGCUUCAACAUCAGAACUUGCCCCAGGACCAGUUGGUCCUCAUUAAGAAUCAAGUAGCCGAUCUUGCCGUAAAAGUGAGGCCGUUCUCGGCCCAAAGCUCAACCCCUACUGCUACAACUGUCCCUCAUCAUCCACCGCCGCCACCUGCGGCGCCUGUAGUACCGUCUGGCCUGCCUCAGCAGCAAGCUGGAGUGACGCUUGAUGCCCUCUUGGGCCAAGGAGCUCUUGCUGCCCUGUUGUCACGACAGUCAGCCACGCCGCAGCUUUCAACGCCGCCACCUCCUCCUCAUGCUAGCAUGGCGAUCCGGUCUCCUCCCCCACAGAGGACCGAGCCGCAAAGACAGCCCAGUGCGCCGCCGGCGACAGAUCCUAUGGCAUUGCUGGCCGGCUUACGGCAAGCUGGAAUUCUUCGGGGAGCAGCCCCAAGCGCAACGCCGACACCAGCAGCCCCAGCACCAGUGCCUCCUCCAGGGAUGCCUAUGAUGCCUCCCGGAUUCUUGCCCCCUAACAUUGCAAGCUUGCUGGCUUCCGGCCAACUGCCACCGAUUCCUCCACUUGGGGGUAUGAGCGGCAACCAGCUUGAUGCGGUGGCCUUGAAACAACAGUCAUGUGGUAGACGUUUCAAGACGGAUGAUGAGGGAAGGAAGAAGAAGAUGGCGCACAUGGAUUGGCACUUCAAGGCACACCAACGGCUUGCAGAAGCGGAGAAACGAGGCCAGCACCGAAGUUGGUAUGUCGAUAACAAUGACUGGCUCAAGUCACGAGAGGCCAUCGAUGUCGACCAUGUUGCGACUGCGGACAAGUCUUCGUCUAGUCCUGGCCGAGGGAAGAAAGAGGCCAAGCCUCGAUACAUUCCUGUGCCAGAUGCAUCCAGCGGGAUCAAUAGCAAAUGUCCCAUCUGCCAAGAGAAGUUCGAGAACAAGUGGCUUGAGACUGCUCAAGAAUGGGUGUGGCUGGAUACUACACUGGUCGGCAAUCGAGCCUAUCACUUUAGCUGUCAUUCGGAAGCGACACAAGCACGCGAAAGCACACCAGUCUAUACGAAGAGAGCGCCUGAGCCAUCGCACGGCAAGAAGCGCAAAGCAGAGGGUGACCAAAAACCGUUUCGCGGGAAGAUGAAGAAAGAUAAAGACAAAGAUACUGUGAAAUGGCCCAAGGCGGAGCUUGACUACUGA